AUGGAUCAUCUGCUGGCGGGUUGCGUCUACACGCGAGAGGUUUGGGCCAGAUUGCGUGCUGCCAUUUCUCUUGUGCAGCCCGUUCACGAUCAGUCGACGGCCAUUGAUCAGUGGCUCGUUGAAAGGAAGCUGUUACCAAAAGACCACCGCAUAGGCUUUGAUGCGCUGUUUUUGCUGGUCUCCUGGCUCAUUUGGAAGGAGCGCAACAGCCGGGUGUUUGAGAAGUUUGCUACCAUGCCAGCAUGGCUCCUUCCAAAGAUCCUUGAUGAAUGCAAUGCUUGGGUAGCGGCGGGGUUCAGGAGAAUUGCCCCCUUGGUUGCUUCUUGGUCGCAAAUUGGUUUAGUGUAUUAG